GUAUACAGAAAAACAAAAAUAUCACCAUUAUAGACUCCAUUUAAUUCUUUAACUUUACCCUCCAAAAGCCAUGGCCACCGUCGCCGCCGCUGCCACCACCACCCUCCCAAAACUCAUCCCAAUUCUUCUCAUAAUCCUCCUCUCCACCACCCUAACCUCUGCAAAUCCAACACAACUUCUCCAAAACCCUCUCCCAAAAUCCCUUGGCCUCAAAAAGCAAAAGCUCAGCCACCUCCACUUCUAUUUCCACGACAUUGUCGGCGGCAAAAACCCCACCGCCGUUCGCGUCGCCCAGGCCGCCAUGACCAACAAAUCCCCCACCCUCUUCGGCGUCCUGGUCAUGAUGGACGACCCUUUGACGAUGCAGCCGGAACCCAGCUCCACCCCGGUGGGGAGAGCGCAGGGCAUUUACUCUUCGGCUUCUCAAAGCGAGACCGCAUUGUUGAUGGUGAUGAAUUUUGCAUUCACUCACGGUAAGUAUAACGGCAGUACUCUCAGUGUUCUUGGCCGCAACGCCGUGUUCAAUACCGUGAGGGAGUUGCCGAUCGUCGGCGGGACGGGGCUUUUCCGGUUUGCUUCCGGCUAUGCUCAGGCGAAGACUCAUACUUUUGACUUGAAGUCUGGCGAUGCUGUUGUGGAAUAUAAUGUUUAUGUGUUUCAUUAUUGAAUUAAUUAGAAUUAAUUAAAGUUUAAUUUCGGUUUUUGUUUUAAAAUUUUGGAAAGAUUUUGAAUAAAUUAAUGAAUUAUUGUCAUCCUUUUAUUGGCUUAA